UUGCCACAAAAUUCAGUCACCACGAGACCUAUCCGAAGAGUGAACACGCGAUCGCUGCGUGCGGAAUAGCGCGAAAUACGUCACUAUUUAUUGGUUUUAUUGUUGCGAGUCUUCCAGUUUUGCAGGAUCGCAGUGUUUUUGUAUUAUAGUGUUCUAGUGCUAAAUCAGGAAUAUGUCUACCGCAAUAAUGUCACGUUACGAUUUCGGGGAUAAUUUGAUGAAGACUGCAGUUCCAAACCGGGACACUGCCCCCGGCGCCCACCUGGACCUGGGAUCGCCUGGGAUGCGAUUCACCUUGACCCGGAUGGCGUCGACCCCCGCCGCCGGAGCCACGACCGCCUCCAACCUCACCCUCCUGCUGGGCAACCUGACGCAGCACCGCCGUCUCGAGCGCGCCCAGUCGGCCCCGGCGCCAGCCCAGACAGCCGCCAGCGUCGCGUCCGCCGUCAACACCUCCAGGUACAAGACCGAGCUGUGCAGGCCGUACGAGGAGUUCGGCGUGUGCAAGUACGGGGACAAGUGCCAGUUCGCCCACGGGGGCGGCGAGUUGCGAAGUCUCGCGCGCCACCCCAAGUACAAGACGGAGUUGUGCCGCACUUACCACACCGUGGGCUUCUGCCCGUACGGGCCCCGGUGCCACUUCGUGCACAACCAGGACGAGGUGGUGAUGCAGAAGCAGGCGCUGGCGCGGCGACCGCGGCCGGCGGCGCUCAGCCCCACGUUGUCACUGGACUCAAGCCCGCCGUGCAGUCUCAGCCAGUCGCCGACGUCCUCCAUGGGCUCGUUCUUCAGCAGCGAGCCCGAGCUCAGCUCGCCCUCGACGGACGACCGCCUGCCGGUCUUCAACAGGCUGGCGGAGGCGCCCAGGCUGCACGUCUUCAACAUAAACGACAUGGUGAUGUAGUUGUGCGGCGUGCGCCACUCAGACUUAUUAAAGUGUCUUAUUUAUAUUAAGUAGGUCCGCCUCGGCGGCGUGAUUUUGAUAUUGUGUGAUUACUAAAUAUUAAAAUUAUAUUAUAGAGGCGUGUUUUAUACGAAUGUUGAUUGUGUACGUGCAACUAGGUUAGCUUCUUCAGUCGUCGGUCUCGAUUUCUGUAACAUUCCGUGAUCGAAGUUAUUUAUUAUUUUAUUACUACUUUCUCGUUGUGUUUUUCUUUUGAUGUGUGACUUGUGACCGAUGAAAGAAUACGUUUUUUUGUUAUUUAAAUCAUUAUUUAAUUUUAUGUUUCUCAUUCGACAUGUUAUGUUAUUUUAUUAUUAUAAUUUAUAUGUAACUUAUUUAUACCUUCUUGUCGCAAUAUUGUAUAGUGGACGACUGUGCGUCAGCACACAAAGUUGGCUGCCCCCAACUACAGAGUGUCCACCUCUGUAUAUUAUUAUUUAUAUUUGUAUUUCUGUAUCAUUAUCAAUAAAUUAUAUUUUGUUCUUUAA